CGCGCCUUGAAAUCUGCGUCCGUCAAUGGAGCGAGGCGCGUUGAAGCAUAUCGUCCUGCCUUCCGUGACAAGCACCAACCGCCCCAUAUUUGCUGGCUUAUCAGGCUGACGAGUCGGUGUACUUUCCUCCACCUUGCAUCGUCCGCGAUAUAAACCGAGUCAGGCGAACGCGUGCGGUUGACUUCUGGAGGAUACCACCGGCCUUACAUUGCGCCGCGCCUUUUAAGUGGUACCGUUCAUUCCGAAGCCCACACGCUCACGCACUCCGUCCAUCGGUGUUAACGCGUCUUUACUCGCGUCGUCAUGUUUCGCUGACGAACCGACAAGAAGGGCUUCGCUGUCUUUUCACGCCUCGAUAGUCGCGCGACGUGAGUGUUGUUAGGACCUUCUUUCUUCGAGCGACAGCUGCGAAGACCUUCGAUGCUCGCCCAAGGGGCGUCGCGUUGAUUGAGUGGUGUUGCGUGCGACUUUCCUGUGAGACACGAAACGGUGAAACAAAACGAUUACUGAAUCAACGAUUACGAGGGGAAAGUUUCUUUCGGAGCGAUACGCGAAGGUCGACGCGUGCUGGAUGAACCCUCGACCGCCGGUGCGUCAAACGUCGGGAGGUAGUAGAUUGUGAAGAGAGGGAGUGCGACGUACAGUUCUUUCGAACAUGAGGCUGCAACUCGUGCUGGUUUGUGUGCUGCUACGCUUCACGGUUCAGUGCGUGCGAGCGCAGCAAGACGGGACAAAUGUCACCGAAAAGGAGGGCGGUAGUGAGAACGCCGGCGACGAAUUGGACUACCUGCCGUUGCUACGAAAUGCCCUAGCCGGUGGCUUCGCCAACAUGCCAGUCGCUCUGAGGAGAAAGCUCUUGAGUGCGGACGUCACGCCCGAGUGCAACGCGGGCCUGCUACGUACCAUGCGGGCCUUUCAGAACCUGGAACCUUGGGCGCUAAGACUGCUGGACGCGUCCGGCAAGUUCCCCACAGGCCUGCUGCAGGGUUCUCGCGUUGACUUGGGUGCCUUCGACGAGUGCCUCGAGACGGAGGUGUUCGACAGCUACGGUGACGUAAUCACACGAGGCCAGUACUGCAACCUUCUCGUGUACAUCGAGAACUCCACGGCAGUAGAGGGAAAGAUCGACAGCUUUUCCAGCGUCCUCCAUCCUAAACUUAAAUAUUUCAAGAACUACUUCUCCGUCGAAGAGCUUCCCGUUGUUCGCAUUGCGAUGUGCUUCGUAGAGGAAUGCACCCAGCGGGAUCUGCAAGCUCUGGUCGACGCAGUCAAGCCUCGACUGGUGCGCCUUGAGGUGUCUAAUUGCGUGACUGCCCAGGUGGAACCAUGGAGUAAUGCGGAAAUCGGAAUCAUGAUGUUUCUGUGUAUUCUCCUAGUCAUCAUCUUGGCCGCCACAUUUACAGACCGUGUGAUGAAGCUCAAGCCAAAACUCAUAGAGAAACAUGGUGCGCUUAGUGAGCUCACCAAGGGUUUUUCGGUGACGUCCAAUACACGUAUGUUGCUCCGUGUGGCCGACAAGUCAAACACUGAGCACUACUCCCUACAGUUCCUGCACGGCAUGAGGUUCUUCUGCAUAGUUCACAUAGUCCUCUGUCACAGCGGUCAAACAUUGUCGGACAAUUGGUCACGUUACCUGAAUUUGCUCAUCGCAUCUGACGAAUGGUCAUUCAUGAUUUUUAGUGCUGGAUUCAGCAGCGUCGGGACGUUCUUUUUUCUUAGUGGCUUUUUCCUAUCCCUCACGGUCAGGAGGCAAACAAGAAGCGGCCCGGUUGUUUUCAUCAUCGGCGUGAUUCGACGGUUUAUCAGGACUGCCAUCCCACUGUUCUUCAUCAUCAUGUGCUUACACUUGAUGCCGCGCUUCGUCUUCGGACCGGAUACCAAGUCUUUCUUUCACAAGCUCCACGAAGAUGUCGCCCAUCACUGGUGGCACCUGCUCCUCAUGAUCAGAAAUUUCGUCGAGAUUACUGCUUGGGAUGUGCUUCCUCAUGUUUGGUACCUGUCCACGGAUUUCCAGCUUUUUACGAUAUCUCUUGUGGUACUACUAGCCUUCAAAAGUCGGAAAAUGCUUGCCGUGGGCGCAUUCCUUCUGCUGUCUCUGUUGGGCUGCGCUAUUGGAACUUGGGCAGUCGCCGGUUCUGACUUGCUGCCUUUCAUGAUUUUUCCUGGACCAAUUUUACAGGUCAUGUCCAAAACUGUCAACGAAUACUACAUGAGGCCGUACUACCAUGCUGUGUGCUACUUCGGCGGAUGCAUAGCAUACCUCCUCAUAGAAGACUUCAGGCAGCGAAAAAUUAACAAGACUGUUCAGGUGAUAGGCUGGUGUAUGUCGAUAACCUGCGCCCUGCUAUGCGUAUUCGUGAAGCUAGCCUGGUACAGAAGCCCGAAUCCAACGUCGGAAGCAGUAAAGCUGCUUGCAGCAUUUCUUGAUCGAAUGCUUUGGGCACUGUCGCUCACUUGGAUCACGUUGGCAUGCUCUUCUGGACGAGGCGGGUUCGUAAGCAAGUUCCUGUCGUGGAAUGCAUUUGUACCGCUGAGCAAGCUCUCUUUUGGAGUUUACCUGAUACACUUGCCUUUCAUCGAGCUUUACCUCCAUGCUUCGAGGGAGCGGAUAUUCUGGUCAAAAUUUAACAUGUUCACGUUAUUAUUUGCAUUUAUUGUGUGGUGCUACCUGCUGGCCUAUCUGGCAUUCCUGGCGUGCGAAGCUCCGACGGGUGCUCUGGACAAGUUCAUUUUCACUAGACUCAUCGGAGGAGGCGGAAAUGCCAGGAAGCAGGAACAUCGAACGCAACAAAAUGGCGGCGACGUGAAGCCGCAAAUCAAGAUUGACGACAGUGUGUUUUCGCGUUGUUAAGGUAGCAGCCAACUGAAAGGUGCGGGAGCCGUCCGGCUUUCUUGUGGCGUCGACUGUGGACUUUCGGAACGCUCAGUGGAAGCAUCUCAUGGCAGAGGAAGUGCAUCUGUGUUGUAGACAAUACCGCCUAGUGAAUGCAGUGAUGAUGUACUUUUUUUUCGUAAACGAGACAGCUGUUUACAGUCA